UUCCUAUCUUGUGACUCUGAGGCGGUUUCUCCUAAUAAAAUGAUAAGCACUUUAAAGAGUGCCUCUGGGCUAGGCGUAUCUACAGGCCGUGCAUCUCCUUUGUCUCGGGUUGUUAACAUCUGCAAUCACCCAGCAACCUCUUCAUCUGCAUUCUUUGCCGUCCCUUCAUCUCCUUCAACACGACGUUAUCGCACCUCUGGCCAACGCAAGGCUUUCUCAGCUCAAGAAGCAGCUAGCAGUAGCAGUGGAUCUGGGAGCCAUGAAACUCCUGGACUUCCUCGCCACCGAUAUGAGCUAGAGGCUGGUGACAUCCAUCGCCCUGUCGUGACUGCCAGCGUAGACGGCCAGGACAUGUAUCCUGUCUCGUCGGAUGACGAAGAGUUAGAUGUGAAGGAGCAGCGGGAAGGGGAGAUUUCGCGUGUUAUGAAUCUGAAAGGGCAUCAUCAACCUCGAACAGUGACUAACGAUGCUGUUAUUCAUAACUCCACCAAUGAUGCAUCUCAUUCACCAGGAUUUCAUCGGCCAGAUGAUACUACUGGACCAAAGAAGAAGUGCAGGCUGGACGAGGAGAAGCAAGGUGGUCAAAAGCAAUGGUCGAAAACGGGAUCUCCUAAGGUCAUUGCAGAAUUUUCAAGUCCGAAUGGUGCUCGUGGGGGCACCGAAGCUGAGGAGCGGAAUCUUGUCUGUCAGACGGCAACGAAAGGAGGGAAAUUUGCCACGGGUGAGGCGAUACCUCUUCCUCCUCAGACCGACCUAACCUGUUCGAGCAGCUCGGUCAACAUCGUUGGAACUUCUGGCGUUUCGACAAACGCGACCUUCGGAAAGGCAGACAGUGAUUCAUCUCUAGAAGAAGGUGAGGCGAAAGACGAUGACGAUGAAGAAGAGGAGUACGAAGAAGAUAACGACGAAGAGGCGAGUGACGAUGGCUCGGAAAAUUUCCACGACAGACCUGAUUCGACUUCAAGACGAAAGAAUAGGACUUCCUCUAUUUCCCAUUCUUCUCCCUUUGCAUCAUGUGAUAGCCUUACAGAUUCGGAAUCUCCUGAAAAUAAUGGUCUUACCAAGUUAUCUCGUCGUGAAUAUAUAAACUCUCAUGGUGAUCCACCUCGCCGACGCCGCCUAUCCCGUAACUGUGCCUCACCACGUUCUCAUACUCGAGUCUUACAGAGACUUCAUUUAGCUCGAUGCCGAGAUUUCAGUGACCACCGUCAUCGACGGUUAGCUGACGUCGACAUAGAACAGGGUGAGUCGGGUCGCGAUAGAUCUGAUUCCGAUUCAGCUUCAAUAACAUCAAGUCGAGAAUUCGAGGUUGAAAUUGACAACCGGCUAUCUAGUAGUGCAGCUGAUAUCGAUUCGUCAAUAAAGCACAAUCACCACCACCAAGAUAAGUCUCGUCGGAGUCCAGCAUGCACACAAGCAGUGGAUAAUUCUAGGAGUUCUCGAGUUCAGAAUAAAGUAAUUGCCACAUUCGGUAAACAGGACCAUCAAGACCAGAGCAGCGGUCGUGGUUCUACCGGUGAUGAGACUGGAGGUUUAGGAGACCGGGCAAGGGAGGACGAAGAUGAAACUGCCCUCUUUGAUAUUAUGCAUAGCUCCAUCAGAGGACAUCUUCCAAGCCGGCGGCGUCACGCUCGAAAACACGCUCAUUACGAUCGCCAGGGUCGUUGCCGUAGCCGCCUAGAGUCCGGGUCUCCAUGCCGCAUGUCUGCAUUUGACGAGCUUUUGACCAGGAGCCAGCUGGAUAGUCGAAUUUCAGACCAACGAGUAUGCCUUAAUGAUGUCGCCUCGCUUACCCCUCGCUCACUAGCAGCUGUUGAUGUGGAGCAACAACUCUUUUUCCUACCACACACAUCAAAGGCUAACAUUUCAGGUUGUGGUCAAUUAGCUUCAUUUACUGUCGGGGCUGGCGGUACCGGCCACCAAAUGCGGCAUCUUGGUGACGAACUACUAGCAGCGGCAACAACACCAUCUGCUCUUUCGCUGUUUGCCUCUUUAGAAUCUGCAGCCCCACCUGCGAUGCUCGAAAGGUGA